AUGGCCAUGGUUGACGCCGCUCGCCCAGCAUGGGUGAGCGAUGCAGAUCUAAUGCAAGCACGAGCUGCUCUCCAGCACCAGCAAUCCAGCGAAAUCUCCGUCCCCCGCGAAUUCAUCUCCCUCAUCGUCGACGAACUCAUCUACCGCCGUGAUGCGCAUUCCUCCAUCGGGAAAAUCGAACAUGAAUGCUCACAUCUGCGUAAAGAACUUCGAAAACACACUCAUAUCAAUGAGGCCUUUCAGAAGGAACUGCGGGAGAUCGGCGAGAUCAUCACCCAGGUCGCGCAUGGUGAUCUUUCGCAGCGCGCAAGGAUGCAUCCCCUUGAGAUGUCUCCUGAUAUUGCGACUUUCAAACAGACCAUCAAUACGAUGAUGGAUCAGUUGCAGGUUUUUAGUCAGGAGGUGUCCAAGGUUGCGAGGGAGGUGGGCACUGAGGGUGUGUUGGGUGGUCAGGCCAAGAUCGAAGGCAUUCAGGGUAUCUGGCAUGAGUUGACGGUCAAUGUGAAUGCCAUGGCCAAUAAUCUCACCACCCAGGUCCGUGAUAUCACGACUGUCACGACGGCUGUGGCGAAAGGUGACCUACAACGCAAGGUACAGGCAGAUUGCAAGGGUGAGAUUCUACUGCUGAAGAAUAUCAUCAACUCCAUGGUUGAUCAGCUUCGCGAGUUCGCAUUCGAGGUUAGCCGGGUGGCCCGUGAAGUCGGGUCGGACGGUGUGCUAGGUGGUCAGGCUGUUGUGCACGGGGUGGAGGGGACGUGGAAAAGCCUCACCGAGAACGUGAAUCGGAUGGCAUCGAAUCUCACGCAACAGGUUCGAGAAAUCGCCGAUGUGACCACUGCUGUUGCGAGGGGCGAUCUUACGAAGAAAGUGACAGCAGACGUCAAGGGAGAAAUCUUGGAUCUGAAACUGACUAUCAAUGAGAUGGUUGAUCGGCUGAAUCAGUUUGCGUUCGAGGUCAGCCGAAUGGCUCGAGAAGUAGGAACUGACGGCACGUUGGGUGGACAAGCGCAGGUUGAAAAUGUCGAGGGUCGCUGGCGAGAUUUGACCGACAAUGUCAACACCAUGGCCCAAAAUCUCACAUUCCAGGUUCGACAAAUUUCGAAUGUGACGCAGGCUAUUGCGCGCGGUGAUCUCAGUACCAAAAUCGAGGUUCACGCCCAGGGUGAGAUCCUGACACUCAAAGAGACGAUCAAUAGCAUGGUAGAUGGGUUAGGGGAAUUUGCUCGAGAAGUCAAGGGGGUAGCACGGGAUGUCGGCGUCAAUGGUAAACUUGGCGGACAAGCCAAUGUUGCAGGAUCUCACGGAAUCUGGCGAUCCAUUAGUGAAGAUGUCAAUACGAUGGCCGACAACCUCACUUCACAGGUCCGUGCCUUUGGCGAGAUCAGCGAAGCAGCGAUGAGUGGCGACUUCAGCAAGUUGAUCACUGUGUCCGCCUCUGGAGAAAUGGACGACUUGAAACAAAAAAUCAACAAAAUGAUUUCGAGUCUGCGAGACAGUAUCCAGCGAAAUACCGCUGCUCGCGAGGCGGCCGAGUUGGCCAACCGAAGCAAGUCUGAAUUCCUAGCCAAUAUGAGCCACGAGAUUAGAACCCCGAUGAAUGGGAUCAUUGGCCUCUCGAGUCUAGCACUAGACACCGAUGAGCUGCAAGCUCCUGUUAGAGAGACUUUGAACAUGGUUCACAAUCUUGCCAUCAGUCUAUUGACCAUCAUUGAUGAUAUCCUUGACAUUUCGAAAAUCGAAGCAAACAAAUUGAUGAUUGAAAAGAUGCCGUUCAGUCUCGGCACUACGGUGUUCAGUGUGCUGAAAGCCCUUUCCGUCGAAACCAACGAAAAAGCAUUGGGAUUGAUCUAUACAGUUGACGGAGAGGUCCCGGAUUACUUGAUUGGAGACGCAUACCGAUUAAGACAAGUGAUGCUCAACCUAGUCGGAAAUGCUGUGAAAUUCACCGACCACGGCGACAUCCGGGUUGAAAUCAAACGAGCCAUAGACGAAAAGUGUGCUUCUGACGAAACAGCAUUCCAGUUCUCCGUCUCAGAUCCCGGCAUCGGUAUCGACGAAAGCAAGCUCGGAAUGAUCUUUGAUAAGUUUCAACAAGCAGACGGAUCAAUGACUCGUCGUUUUGGUGGCACAGGAUUAGGUCUGGCGAUUUCAAAAAGACUCGUUUCCGCCAUGGGCGGUGAUAUCUGGGUGUCCUCGAACAUGGGCGAGGGAAGCACGUUCUCAUUUACAUGUCGUGUAAAACUUGCCCAACCCCCGGUCGGUUUUGCAGAUCAGAUUCUCCCUUACCGUGGAAAACGAGUUCUCUUCUUGGAUCACGGCCUUUCACGAACCUUCCCGAUUCUGGCGGUGCUGAAUGAGCUCGGGCUGGACCCCAUGGUCGUAACAGAAGAGCAGCUGGAGUGUGGCCAGUUCCAGGGCGACUGGGCUUGUUCGUUUGAUGCCAUCCUUGUCGAGAACUUGGAAACUGCAGCCAAGCUUCGGGCCUGCACAAACCUCCAGCCAAUCCCGCUGGUCAUUACUUCGACUAUGGUCUCCAUAGCACUUCGAGCUGCAGGAGAGCUUGGCAUCAGUUCCUACAUCACAGUACCCUGCCGUCCAAUUGACCUCUGGAACGGUAUUCUGCCUGCGCUAGGAAACCGUGCCACCCGUACGCCGUCAGGGUAUACACGAUCACUGGCAAUUCUCUUAGCAGAAGACAACGAUGUCAAUCAAAAGGUUGCAGUGCGAAUUCUUGAGAAGUUCAACCACACCGUCACUGUCGUGGAUAAUGGACUUCAAGCUGUGAAAGAGGUUCAACUUCACCGCUACGAUGUGAUUCUGAUGGAUGUCCAAAUGCCUGUCAUGGGUGGAUUCGAGGCAACGGGGAACAUCAGACAAUAUGAGAAGAUGAGUGGCCUUCCUCGAACGCCUAUUAUUGCCCUCACUGCGCAUGCAAUGCUAGGGGAUCGCGAUAAGUGUAUCUCAGCCGGUAUGGAUGACUAUCUUUCCAAACCGUUGGAUUCCGGCCGCAUGAUGCAGACUAUUAUGGAUUGUUCGGCUAUGAAUAUUCCUUCAAUGCCUGCUAUCGAGCAAUGA